UCAUGCCGACGAUGAUAUAGGAACGCACAUGCAGAUAGCACCGAAUUUGACGUCAUGCGACCUUGAUUGGCGGGCCACCAGGUGGUGCUGCUAUGAUCUUCGGCACACGAUGGCAGCGAUCACUGUCUUUAGCUCAUUACUGUACGUACUCGCACAUGUAGGCGCCUUAAUCACGCGUCGUUGCCUAAUGCGAUAUAUUGUAUUGCUUUAAUUAAAUUCACCUCAUUUUCUCGUUAGCCCUUAAGGUUAACCAAGCUGAGCGGUUUACUUUAUCUUCAGCGCGUGAGCUCCAGCUUUAUAAAUGUACGUUUAUUCACCCGAUGGAAACCAAAGUUCGUCGUACUACCGGUACUAAACAUUCCGGUGACACACAAAUCCUUCGAAUGACUGUUCUCCCGGAAAACAGCGGUGAUAUAUUACAAACAUAAAUUCUUCACGCGGAAAGAUGCGAUCUCUACUGCCCUUCAGCAGUAUCCUGGCGCGCCGUUCGGUUCAUACGUUCACUGUCGCUAAGAUAAAACUUGGCAUUCCCGUAAGCAAAGAAUUCACAUCGCAGUCAUUUUAUUUCAAGUGUAUGUGAAAUAUAUGAAUCUGGUUCCCAACAGGCAUUUCCUAGUGAAACAGCUGCGAAACAACGCGAAAGCAAGAGAAAUGAGUGGAUGCACACGGCCACUCGGGACGAGUUCGUACGACUCUACAUGGUAGCAUGUUGUUUGUGCUGUUGACUGGUCUUCAUGUUCAUUACCCACUAGCAGGAGCUUCGGUGCAGUUACGCGGUAAAUUGUUUAACACUUCCACAAUUAUUUCAUCGUUCUGACGUUGCAAUUUAUUCUGCAGUGGGCAGAAGUCAAGACUGCAAUGGAUGUCGAAUCGUACCGGGAUGUCGCUGGCGUGUGGCUGCACAAUGCCUUCCGUGAGGAAAACGUCCGCUCGGCCAUUCAGUACAAGCCUCGGGAAGGCGACAUCUUCAUCGUAACUUAUCCCAAGUGCGGUACCAACUGGGUUCAGUUCAUCGUCUACAACAUAUUGACGCGCGCCAAGCCCCUGCCGAGCCUGCGCGAAUUCGGUCUCUUGAGUCCCUUCAUAGACAUGAUUGGCGCCGAAGCGGCCGAUAAUCCGUCGAGGAACGGCCCCAUCAUGACCCAUCUUCCACCAAAUGUCCUUCAACCUGUCAAGGGUUGCAAAUACAUUUACGUCACUAGGAACCCAUACGACUGUGCCGUGUCCUUCUACCACUUCAUCAAGGGAUUCACGCUGAAGACGGUGACUGACGUCUCUUUCGAGAGCUUCCUCUCCAUGUUCUUGUCGGGAAAGGUUAUCUACGGUGACUACUUCGAUCAUCUGCUUCCUUGGUACGACCGCAGAGCAGAAGAGAACGUUCUAUUUUUGACAUACGAGCAACUGACGCAAGACACGAGAGGACAGGUGCUGAAGAUCGCCGACUUCCUCGGAGACGAUCAUGGUGCUGCUCUUCGGAAGGACGAAGCCCUCUUCCAGCGCAUCUUGGAUGCCUGCAGUCUCGAAAGCAUGAAGGCUUUCUUUAAGGAUCCGCCGGCAGAGCGGAUAAAGGAAAUAGCCAAAGCAGUCACCGAAAUAUCGCUGACCUCGACAGAGCCUUUGAACAGGCAUCCAGAUAGGAACAUCGAUAAGCACGAUGGUGCUGGUUUUGUGAGGAAAGGCAUCGUCGGAGAUUGGAAGAAUUACUUCACUCCAGAGCAGCUAGAAAAGACAAAGGCUUGGAUCGCCUCUAAAACCAGCGGAAGUGACGUUAUGGAACUGUGGCGUGAGCUUGAUCUUCCAUGAUAUUCUAGCUUGAACUCUAACACGAUCCGCCAGAAAUCGCCGCCGUACUAUAGUAAAUUUUUAAAGCAGGGAACAUGUUUCGUGCUCUUGUCUCCAGGAUUUCUUUGUUCGCAACCAAUGGUAAUGUACGGUACGACCUUCAGUGUUGGCGAGCUCGCCCAGAAAGUGUAAUCCGAUGUCGUACUAUUUAAAACAAAUGUUUUAUAGAAGGUACAUUAUAUUGGGGAUUUCUUUUGAUUUAAGGUAUGUCUCAGUAUGUGCACCUGAACACUUUUAUCCAUUCCGAAUUAAACUGUGUUCCUUGCAUGGGUAAAGCUUUUUCAGCGCUCUUGAGCGCAACUAUUGCACCAUAUUUUGUUAACUAUGUUUCCGUGAAUAUUUACCAAACCUCGCCUUACUUUCAAAAGAAAUUUCGAUACUUCUUUCUUUCUUUUAGAAAAGGUAUCAGUAGAAAUAUAUUUUUAUGCAUUUAUCAUGCUUUAUUCUUUUUUCGAAUUGUCGUGUGGUUCACUGAAAAAAACAAGAUCGCGGUGUCGAACCGAGCUAGAUGUAACCACCUGUUCUCCCUUUCAUAUGGCAGCUUAAGCAUUGUGAUGUUUUUGUGCAUAUUUUGUUCUCCCGUGCAUAAUGUAUUUCCUAUUGUUCUGUUAUUUGGGUAGUAAAAUUAUUCAGAAAAAUG